AUGACUAUAAUUCGUGUGAAUAUUGAUCACGCAUUAUCCACGCGGUGUCCCAGACCCACUGCAUCAUCCGGGAUAUACUUGCCCCAGAACCAGUGGCUCUUCCAGACUGUGUUCAUCUCCUCGAUAGGCACAUUCUUGGUCUCGGGAAUGAAAAAGAAUACAAACGCUGUCAUGAGCACGACCCAGCCGGCGAAGAAGAAGAAAAGUCCGAAUUUAAGGUGGCAUAGCAUGGAGAGGAAGAGCUGGCCUAUGAUGAAGGUGAAGAACAUAUUUACAGAAACAUUGAUGGACUGCCCCGCGGACCUGGUCUCGAGCGGGUGGAUCUCGCUAGGCACGAGCCAGCCAAGGGGACCCCAUGACCAUGCAAAUGCUGCCACGUAG